CGGAACAAAUGGUUAACACAUCUAAAGAAAUGGUUAGAUUCAAAGACGAGCAUAUUUAUGAGAGAUGGUGGACGACAGAAAAUCUUACAUGUCAGGAGGUAGAGAAAGUAUUAGAUCUGAUGAGAGAUAAAAUGGGGAAUGACCUGAACUUGCUUAUGAUUGAUGCAACAAGACAUUUAAAUAAAGCUAAACGUGUUGGAGACAGGAAAAUACAGAGGUGCAGCGAAGAUAUUACAGUCCAAAUUAAGGAAGCUGUUGAUGAUGGGGUUUACAGUUUCUUAAGAUGCACUGCAACGUCUUCAAUAGUACAAAAUGACAUCACAACAGAUAUGCAAAAGAAAAGAUUUAAAUACCAGAGUGCUAUUAACCAUACGCUAAAUAGCAUAGAUGGCUGUUUAGUGUAUAGCAAUAAAAAUGCAGAAACACAUAGAGAUCAGUGCAUCGAAAAAUUAAUCAACGGAACUCAAAUAGAAACUAAAGAAGCCUGUAAAACAUUCACGGAAAGCAAAUGUAUGGCCCAUUUCACUGAUGAUAUUCUGAGCUGUACUCACAAAGUAUUUAAUGAAAUAGCAGAUAAAAGAGAAAAACUUUUUAAUGAAAUACGAUCUUGCGUUGGAUAUCAUCAAGUUUAUCAAAAGCAGGACAACUACGGUCUGCUAUCCAAGGAUGCGUUGUCAUCUUUCGCACACUUUUACAAGGCUCUCAACUUUGCGUACGAUAAAAAGCUAACCGAAGCUCUGGCAUAUUAUAGUUCACAAAUUGCACGAGAGAACUAUAACUUGGCAAUCAACAAUGAAGAUAACUAUACAAGCCUACUUUACCCCUACUUUAUUGCCUUAAAUAAGACCUGGGAAGAAAACAGAUCUAAGAAAGAGAGAGCUUGUAAUUUGGAAGCUAAUAAAUCAUUGAAAACGUAUAUUGCUGAAGCUGGAAAGGACAACCAGGAGUGCUGUGAAUACUACAAGAAUCAGUAUAUUCAAGAUUUUGAUACAUUUAAAAACACAAUCAAAACAUUUAACUCAAAGCUUCAAGAAGCAGGGAAUGUUGCAGUCUUAAGAUGCAUUGGACAAAGACCUAUAGAAAUCUUCAACCUAGCAACUAUUAAAAAAUGUGCUGCGCUAGCAAGAAAGAAUAUUGAGUGGGAGUGGGAAAAGGUAAUGGGUGAGUUCAGAAAAUAUUAUUUCUCUAGAUUUGCUGCCCCAAAAAUGCCUGAAAAAAAGACUUGUUAUGAUCUAAGGCGUUCGAGAUUGAUACUGGAUGCAGAGAAGACUAUGUAUAACUGUACAAGAUGUUUGUUUGGCGAAAAUGGGGACCAUUAUGCAGUGACACCGUUUCCUAAUAUUUAUACUGUCCAGGAAUGGGACAUUUUCAACGAGUCAAUAUUGAAGUUUGAUGGGAUCAUGCGCGAUUAUUAUAAUGAGUUAUCAACAACAGAGCAACCAACAACAACAGAGCAACCAACAACAACAGAUUAACCAACACAGUAUUCGUCAGUAAAACCAAUGGAAAUGGAAGAAGAUAUUAUAUUAUGGUCAUGAUGUCCAGCUAACAACUAUGUUAGUCUGAAGUAAGCUAAAAUAUUUAUGUGUGUUGUAUUUUAUUAUUUUGGCAGAAUAAAUUAUUUGAACGGUU